GGGGGGAGAAGGAGGAGCGGUAGGGGCUUGUGGAGGCGUGUGCUUUACCGACCAAUCGCAGCCCGACUGGGCCGCCGGACCGCACAUGUUUACAGGCAGCAUUCCGCCGGUAGAGCCUCUGUGCGGUCUCAACAUAGUACGGACUGGAAUUUUGAGCAACCGGAACUGGAGUCAGAUAAGAUCCUUAUUUUUCCCCGUUUUUCGACCUUUACACUAAGGAUAAGAUAUACCGUUUUGAGAGAAGGGAUUUAUUUCGACGUUUGUAGUUGCAUCAUUCAACAUUCUAAUCUUUUUCUUGUACAGACGUCCGUUAUUUGUCAAGUCGUGUGCAAAUGUUGUUUCGCUUCCUGGUCGCGUGACGGUGCCGUGUUUUCCCGCUGUCCCUGAAGCUCGGAGGGAGCAGUGGGGAAAACAAACAGGUCGAACGGAGGGAGAGAGGUAGCCGGUUGGAUGUGGAGGUUGUUUUGCAUCGAAUGAAUCGUUUUUCGCCUUGUAAGCUUUUCAUUCAAAGGUUUUCCGAUAGUUUUUGGUGCUUUUGAGCGCGUUACAUUUUUAUGUGGGACUCGGUGUGGAGGUGUCCGAGUAUGUUGCCGCUUUCUAACAUUUUGUCAGGGCUUUUAGAGCGCGUAGUCUACCCGCUGCGGUUUUGUGCUUUCUUCGACGUUGUUUACCGGCUAUAAUUCGACGGUUAGGAUUCAAAAGCGACCUUUAUAUACUGCCACACUUUGUUAAACAUGCAUACGAGGCGUUUGGUGAAGCGGUCCAUUCUGGGCAGCCGUGUUUAUGCGCCCAGUCCGACCGGUGACGGAGCUCCGGUGACAGGAGUGGUCCAGGCUGUCAAGCAGGAAAACAGAGACGCGUCGGCGGCCAACAAGCGCAGCGUCUACACGGUGCUAAUGCAGGACGGCAGUCUGAAGGAGUUCUCCGAGGAAGAGAUAGCCGCCGGCAUCAACCACAUUGCAGCCAAAGCACCGCUCAAAUCCAGCUUGAAGCAGAGUUCCAGCAACGGAGCACUAGAGGGCCACAAGAUGAACGGUGGCUCCCUGAGCCCGGAGGCCUUGGAGGAGCAGAGGAUGGCAGACUGCAAACGCAUUGGCAGAGACCCCGACACCCGAUCAGUGUCCCUGCUGGAGCAGAAACGCAAAGUGGUCUCAUCCAGCAUCGAUGUGCCUCAUGCCAGACGGUCAGAGGAUGAGGUGGACAUGGACAAGGUGACAGCUGCCAUGGUCUUGACCAGCCUCUCCACCAGCCCACUUGUCAGGAGUCCUCCUGUCAAAGUCACCGAGGGUCUCAGUGGUUCAUGGAAGGACAAUGGUUCUGCAGGACCUUUCACUCCGUCCAGCAACAGUUCAUCUGGAGGUUACUGGAGCUGGUCUGCCCCCAGCGACCAGUCCAACCCUUCCACUCCGUCCCCGCCGCUCUCCGCCGACAGCUUCAAACCUUUCAAGGUUCCCAGCAUAGGGGGCGUGGGCCCCGGUCCCGCAGGCCCUGAGGAUCCCAGCCUGGAAGACCAGGACGGCAGCAGCCUGCUGUUUGACGAGCCCAUCCCUCGCAAGCGCAAGAACUCCAUGAAGGUGAUGUUCAAGUGCCUGUGGAAGAACUGCGGCAAGAUGCUGAGCACUGCUGCGGGAAUCCAGAGACACAUCCGCACCAUCCACCUGGGACGCAGCUACGACUCCGACUGCAGCGACGGCGAGGAGGACUUCUACUACACAGAGAUCAAGCUCAACACGGACUCGGUGGCCGACGGCCUCAGCAGCCUGUCACCCGUGUCUCCCACUGUCUUACUGUCUGUGGUUGGAUGUUUUUUGGUUGGUUUUUUUGGGGGGGGUUUUUUGGACAUUGUGAGGAAAUACAGUCUGUCUGAACAAAUGUGUUCUUGGAUGUUUCUCUACAGACGGUCAGAGGAUGAGGUGGACAUGGACAAGGUGACAGCUGCCAUGGUCUUGACCAGCCUCUCCACCAGCCCACUUGUCAGGAGUCCUCCUGUCAAAGUCACCGAGGGUCUCAGUGGUUCAUGGAAGGACAAUGGUUCUGCAGGACCUUUCACUCCGUCCAGCAACAGUUCAUCUGGAGGUUACUGGAGCUGGUCUGCCCCCAGCGACCAGUCCAACCCUUCCACUCCGUCCCCGCCGCUCUCCGCCGACAGCUUCAAACCUUUCAAGGUUCCCAGCAUAGGGGGCGUGGGCCCCGGUCCCGCAGGCCCUGAGGAUCCCAGCCUGGAAGACCAGGACGGCAGCAGCCUGCUGUUUGACGAGCCCAUCCCUCGCAAGCGCAAGAACUCCAUGAAGGUGAUGUUCAAGUGCCUGUGGAAGAACUGCGGCAAGAUGCUGAGCACUGCUGCGGGAAUCCAGAGACACAUCCGCACCAUCCACCUGGGACGCAGCUACGACUCCGACUGCAGCGACGGCGAGGAGGACUUCUACUACACAGAGAUCAAGCUCAACACGGACUCGGUGGCCGACGGCCUCAGCAGCCUGUCACCCGUGUCUCCCACUGUCUUACCCCGCCCUCCCCUCCCUCCCUCCCCCUUACCUCCUCCGGGCCAUCUGCCAGACUCCCACAAGCCCCCGCCGUCCUCUGACACCAAGGAGCCCCACGCCGGCGGCACCACCCCGCUCAGCCGCUCGGCGCCCAGCGCCCUCUACCUCAUCCACACGGAUCAUGCCUACCAGGCCACAGCACCAGUGUCCAUCCCGUCCAGCAGCAGUAACUCCACAGCCUUGGGCUCCACCAGCUUCACCCCCACCAACAGCUCCGGCUUCAGUAUCUCCUGGCAGUCUCCACCCGUCACUUUCACUGGGAACACGGUGUCUCCCAGUAAAAGCCAGGGUUUUGGUGAACAGCGUUCUCAGAUGAUCGCCGUCCUCUCCUCUCCACCCAGAGCCACCACAGCUCUCAGUCGUAAGGUUCGCGGCGAGGGCAAGAAGUGCCGUAAGGUGUACGGGAUGGAGAACCGCGACAUGUGGUGCACCGCCUGCCGCUGGAAGAAAGCCUGCCAGAGAUUCACCGACUGAGCCGACCGCGAGCUCCACCGCAACGGCCUGCUACGCUAACCGGCUCUGCAGCCUUCUGCCACAGACAGAGGGCAGAGGUGUCACUUUGCAUGCAUUUGGUUUUCCUCAGCUAAAACAAAAAAAAAAGUCAACUGUCUUUCAAGCUCUGGCCCCGCCCCCUCCAACUCCCGUCACCCAUUCCAUCUGCGGAAACUUCCAGAGGACGACACACGGUCACCUUUUAUAGUGCUGUCCAGGAUUCCCAGCUCUGCCUCGCCAUUUCCAUAGUUCCCACUUUUGGGAAUUGCCCAGUGCAGCUAAACAGUGUAAAUUGUUGGGUUCAGUGUUGCAUCUUUCUAUGUUUUGUAAAAGUCCUGCUUUUUAAAUGGGAAGUCUUGUCAGAGAAAGGGUCGAGAACAGAGCUUUCCUGUGUGUUUUGUCAAAAGGAGAAAAAAAACUCUUCUUCUUUUUUCUUUUUCAAAUUGAGAAAAACCUUCUUUGCUGCAGUUUUUGAGAAACUUACCAAGAACGCACGGAGGUGAAGCUCACUCUUUCUGUUCUUCCUUCCUCGGUCGAUGACAUACAUUUUUGAGGAGGUGGAGAUUUAUGGCCAAAAUCACAGCGUCUCCUGGACUCCAACUUGUUCCUCGCCAUCAACAUCCACGGAGGAACUAACGGCAGUCCAGCCAAUCGUUGGGUUCAAAUGGAGAUAAACUAGCUGAAUGAUCAAUGCAACACAAACGUACAGUCAGGGAAAGACGACGGGCCGUACCAGCAGUUCAUCGCCUACAAAACACACAGAGAAACCACACAGAUAUUUUCACCUAAUCCUAACAGAAGACAGGAACUGUUUUUUUAUCUCACUUUUUUUACUUGGUUGAUUUGUUUUCUUUGGUUAAUCAGGGAUGUGAUUCUGAAGAAAGCAAAAACCAGCAGCUAAAUCCUGGGGGUUCUACUGUCAACAGCACUAUCUCCAAGGCUUCUGUACACCUGGCAGACUUAGCAACCAAAAUCUUCACCUAUUUUUCUGUUGAAUCUUGUCAAGGUGCCAUGUAAACUGUUGUUGAUGAUGUGGUUAUUCUUUUUGUUUAAUUCUCUCUUCUUCUUCUUCUUCUUUUCUUUUUGGCGCUCCCAAGACUGUUCACCUGUUGAUGGUUGAAAGAAAAACUGUGUUAAAAGAAAAAAAAAAGCUUCCUGGAAGCACUGGAAGCAGGAAGUUAACAGCAUGAAAAAAGAUGAGCAUCUCUUAACACGUACGUAGAGACAAAGUGCUCUCCUCCUGUUCCUCCUCUGCCUCCUCCUCAUCAUUCACUCCUCCACAAAGGCAAAGAAAAACACUUUGUGUUUACCUGCAUCAGAGCAGAGUCUGUUAAACGACAACAGGAGGAGGACGGAAAAACCAAAAGUGAGGCACCGGCACUGUAUGUGUCAAACAGAGCACUUGCCUAAAAAAAACUCUGGAGUCACUUUUAGAGAGUCGGAAACACAAGUCUUCAAAUAUCUUCCACUCGACUCUCUCCAUUUCUGUGUUGAGAAAAGGAAAAACAAAAAUUAGAAAGAAAAAAAAAUUCAGAUAAGGGCAGUCUUCAUCCCUCAUUUUGAAUCAUUGUCACAGACAAAAACAAAAUGUUGGGGCGGGGGUUGUCAAACGUUACUAGCACUUGAUUCAUUGUUUAAACGUGCACUGCACCUUUUCAUUCACCCGGCAAAUGCUUAGAGUGCUAGUGAUCGGCAAACAAAUGUUACUGAGGAGGUGAAUGUGUUCUUUCUAAAAAAAAAAAAAAAAAAAAAAUCCCCUGGCCUAUUGUUUGGCUCACAGGCCGGAAACAAAAAGAAAAUUUCACAGAAGCCAAAUCGUUUACAGAUGUUCACUCGGCACUGAGAGACGGACCAAGUGGAGUUUGUCACCAGGAGCUGCGAUCUGAUUCAUUUUCCAUGUCAUGGAGUCGACCCUGCGUCCAACCAACAAACACAGAAGGUCUUUGUUGCAGCAUCAUGUGAAAUUUAGUUUGAACACACACUGAAAUCUCUACGGCAGACAGAAUUAUUUUCUUUUUACAGCAGAAUUAUUUGAAUCCAACACCAGCUAAUAAACUCACGCACACACACACACACACACACACUGACAUACACACUCUCUCACACACACAGUUUAAGAAUCUGUACUUCCGUAGCUCUGUUAAAUUUGCUCUAUAGUUUCACUUUAUUUUUCAUGUAUAUAUGAACAUGUGUCUUUCUUGUAUUUCUCCCUCUCGUUCCCGACAGAGAUGUGAGCUAAUUGGCUGUGCUGCUUUGGCUAGGCUAAGCUAAGCUAAGCUAGGCUAUGAGCUUCAUGUUUACAUUCACAACUUUGAAACAGGACAGCUUCCAGUCCCAGCCAGCAUGUCUACAUGGGACACAAACGAACCAAGUUGGGUUUUGAUUGGAACUAUGAAACGAAUGCUGGCUGUGACUAUGAAACUGUACAGUUGAACCUGUCAGACGACUAGUUUUUUGUUCUUUGUUUUUAUUUCUCAUUAAGGAAUAGCCUUUAAGUCACGGUUUAAGAAAAAAAAGUUUCUUCUCCUCCUUCUUCUUCUGUGUCCUUACAUCAAUGUUUGCUUCAGAAAUAUUUAGAAGAUCUACAAACUGAUUUCCCAUUGUAUUAUUAUGUGAACGUAUUA